GCCGCGGGGUGGGACCGCGCCGGGGGCGACAGCAACAAAGGGCGGCGGGCGGCCGGCGGCAGUGACCGCGUUUCCCGGUGCUUCCCCCAGGUCGCGCGCGCCAGCCCCGCCUGCCCUGCUCCAGAUGAAGUGUGAGCACUGCACGCGCAAGGAAUGUAGUAAGAAGACCAAAACCGAUGACCUGGAGAAUGCCUCCGUCGGCGCGCCGAGUCCGGCCCAGGAGGGUGGAGAGAAGGGAGAGUUUCAUAAGUUGGCCGAGGCCAAGAUAUUUCUGAGCGACUGCCUGGCAUGUGACAGCUGUGUGACCGCAGAGGAAGGAGUCCAGGUUUCCCAGCAGAACGCCAGGGACUUCUUCCGAGUUCUGAACCUUAACAAGAAAUGCGACACCUCAAAGCACAAGGUGCUGGCAGUGUCCGUGUGUCCCCAGUCCCUGCCUUACUUCGCUGCUAAACUUAGCCUGAGCGUCACCGACGCGUCCAGAAGACUCUGCGGCUUCCUCAAAAGUCUGGGGGUGCACUACGUCUUCGACAUGACGGUAGCCGAGGACUUCAGCCUCCUGGAGAGCCAGAAGGAGUUCGUGCGCCGGUACCGCCAGCACAGCGCGGAGGAGCCCACGCUGCCCAUGCUGACCUCCGCCUGUCCCGGCUGGGUGCGGUAUGCGGAGCGGGUGCUGGGCCACCCCGUCACACCCCACCUGUGCACCGCCAAGUCCCCGCAGCAGAUCAUGGGCUCGCUGGUGAAGGACUACUUCGCCCGACGGCAGAACCUGUCCCCAGACUCCAUCUUCCACGUCAUCGUGGCCCCGUGCUACGACAGGAAACUGGAGGCCCUGCGAGAAGACGUCCCCACAGCUGCCCGCGGUUCCCGGGGCGUGGACUGCGUGCUAACCUCAGGUGAGGUUGUUCAGAUCAUGGAGCAGAGCGACCCCUGCGGGAAGGACGCCGCCGUGGACACUCUGUUCGGAGACCGGGAGGCAGAGGAGGUGCGGCGCCACGACGGCGCCGGCUCCGACGGGCACCUGGCGCACGUCUUCCGGCACGCGGCCAAGGAGCUGUUCGACGAGGACGUGGGGGAGGUCACCUACCGCACCCUCAGGAACAAGGACUUCCAGGAGGUCACCCUGGAGAGGAGCGGGGAGGUUCUCCUGCGCUUUGCGGCUGCGUACGGCUUCCGAAACCUCCAGAACGUGGUGCUGAAGCUGAAGAAGGGCAGGCUGCCGUUCCACUUCGUGGAGGUCCUCGCCUGCGCCGGGGGGUGCUUAAGCGGCAGGGGCCAGGCCCAGGCGGAGGACGGGCGUGUGGACAGGGCGCUGCUGCGGCAGAUGGAAGGCAUCUACGCCGCCCUCCCCGUGCGGCCCCCGGAGACCAGUGCCCACGUGCAGGAGCUGUACCAGGAGUGGCUGGGCGGGGCUGACUCCCCCAGGGUCCAGGAGGCCCUGCACACGGCCCGCCAGGGCCCCGGGCAGCCCGCCGGCAGCCGGGACAUCAAGUGGUGAACAGGCGGCAGACCGGCCUGCAGGCCGCCCGAGGGGGGCGUCAGCGACGCCCGGAGAGGCAGCCCAGCUUUUCUCGCAUCGCUUUGGUUUCCAGAGUCCCCCCUGCUUCCCAUCGUGGACGGCUCCCGUGCUCGGAGGGGCGCUGUCUCAUCAUCUGUGCACGUGGGGUGUCUCGAGAGGAGGCUUGCCCUAGUUUAUGCACCCUUUUAUCCUAAGAUGGAAAAAGUCCCAAAGAACAAGAAUGGAGACAGACCACUGUCUUUAGGCUUAAAAAAAAAAAUCCGAAAGUGUCCUGCAAAGAGCUAAGACCCCGUUCUGGUUCACGUGCCUCAGAUUGGACGUGGAGAGGAGGGCGCAGCAGGCGGGCUGUGGGGUCGCCCGGUUAGGACCCCGACUGUGGCCACCGUGGGAAUAAACUGCCACCUUUGGGGAUCAGGAGGCUCGCGCACAAA